AUGGCGGUGAAGCGCGAUUCUCUGGACGGACGGAAUAAGGUGGGGCUGAUAGGAGGACCCAAACAUGGCUUGCCUUGUAACACUGCACGACAUACAGCCACCCUUGAAGACGCCCGGGGUAGCGGAGAAGAUGCCAUGCUACUGCUCCACGACGUCCAAAGCGCCUUUGUCCGGCUCCCUAAGACCGCAGUUCAGGUGGCACUUGACAGCCUUGGCAUCAGUGGCUGCCUCCGCGCAUUCGUCUCACCCUUGCUGGUAGGCCGCUUCUUCCGGGUACGAGUAGGCACAGUUUUCAGCCAACCACGAGGCAUCAUUUCGGGCGCCCCACAGGGCUCGGUGUUAAGCCCAUUCCCCUCCAACUUGGUAAUGGCGGGGCUCGCUGCGGCACUACCAGUACAUGGCCGCUUUCCUGUCCGCUGUUCCCUCUUUGCUGAUGAUUUGGUUCUAUGGGUACGUGGACCACGACGAUCCCUGACGGCCAUACGCAAAUCGCUGCAAAACGCCCUGGAAGCUGUCGUGACCUUCUUCCAUAGAAUCGGCCUGUCGGUGUCACCCGGGAGGACGGAGGCACUCCUGAUACAUCCGCUGGUCUCGGCGCGCCGCCGCGCACGGAAGCUCUACAUUGAAAGCACCACCAUACAAUGGAAACGGGAGGUUACCUACCUAGGCAUCACCAUUGACCACCGCCUCACCUGGAUUACUCGAGCCAAGGUAAUCUCCUCCAAGUUUAGCCGGGUCCAGGGAGCCGUGGCCAUACUGCAACAGCGAGGACAGGGUUGGACAGUGCAGUGGGCCCUAGCAGCAACGUCCAUCCUGCUGUAUGUUAUGCCUCUGGUCCUGCUGUCCCCGGCCAGGCGGCGCCAACUUCAGGGGCUGCACAGGCGAGCAGUCACACUGAUUGGCUCCACCGGGCCCAGGACGGAGGCGCUGCUCACUCGACUGCGCAGCAUGCCACAUUCCCGCACGGGGGGCCUCUGCCAGCUAUACCCAGAGGUGAUCACGGAUCGAUCAGUUCCACUGCCAGCGCCGCCCCAACAUCAAGCAUCCCCGGAGGUGCACACAUCCCUCGGUGGAACAUCGAAGCGCCACACACCAACGGCGGCGUUUCAGCAGGCAGCUGCCUGCAAACUCGAGGAGCAACUCGAGGGCAGGCUGCUCGACUUCACCGACGGCUCUGUGCUCUCAGACGGCUCUGCGGCGGCUACCUGCACAAUUCCAGCUCGUGGCAGCACCAGACAGUGCAGGCUACCCUUCAAGGCAAGCUCCACAGCAGCUGAACUGGCGGGCCUGCACCUGGCCGCAGACCUCCUGGCCGUGGACCCCCUGAGACUCCGGUGGCGCUCCUGGCCUGACAGCUGCCCUCCUCAGGUCCAAGUGUACAACACUUGGCACGGCAGGGGUAUCUCACUAGACUGGCUUCGCUCCCACGUGGCGAUUGCUGUGAACGAGAAGGCCGAUGCCCUCGCAAGAGAUGCCCACGACACUGCAGUCCCACUAACCCGAUCGGGGGCUCUUUUUCAUUACUCCAAGCCUAAGCUGAAACAGCUCCUUGCUGCCACUCGCCCCGACACCAUAGUGGCUGCCGACCGACCACCCAAGCUCCUUCCCGAGCACGGUCUUUCACGUCACGACCGCUCCACGCUUUUCCUUCUCCGCACUGGCUCCGUAUGGACAGCAGUCAAGCUACAUGCCAAGGGCCGCAUCUCCUCACCAUCCUGCAGUCGCUGCGGCGACAUGGAGACCUUGGACCAACUGCUAUGCUCCUGCCCUGCCCUGGCCCAGGAGCGUGCCGUGGUCACCGCGACCUACAGGCGCUAUGGGCUCCCGAGCUCCACCACCAGCCAACUGGUCCACCCUGUAUGUCCCCACAUCCCGGCCUUCCACAGCCUUUUCGAGUUCGUGAACUCCAACAGGCUGCUCUACCACUGA